AUGGCCAAAGACGCUUUAGCCGCCGACCCAGAAUUGAGCGAGUCUUCUUCUUCACCAAACAGUGCUUCCCACACUGGCUCAGCAACUAGCUCUACCGAAAGCUCUACUGAAAGCUCUAUCGGUACCCCUACGAUUUUCUCCACAUAUUCACACAAUGAUCCUGCCUCCUCGUCUAAGUCCAACCUCAUAAACUCAACUCCCAGCCCUGUUGCUAUUCCAUGGCCUUCAGCGAUCUUAAUCGCAGAUCCACCGAGCAGCACAGCAGAGGGUAACUUAGACAAAACAGAUCCGGACACUCUCUCUCAGAUACCGGGACGAUCUUUCCGGCCUGUUGGAUCUAACACUACGGUAUUGAAGGGCGACGAGGGCAACGACGACCCUCCUAUACCUGCUAUUAUCCCAAAAUCACAGGCUCAUACACUCCAGCAACAGUUGCUUUCGGUUCUGAGUGGACUGGCCCUUCUGUUUGCUACUGUUGCUUGA